GUGUCGGUUCGAUCCUUGGAUCAACUUCCCCGGCGAAGUCGCUCGACCGGAGGCCGAAGGAUGUACGGCGUCGAGGCGAGCGGGGCGGAAACCGAGCGGACCGCCUUCCGGCGGGCGGAGAAACGGUACAAGCUCUACAAAUCUCAGCCUCCCAGAUCCCGGAAGCAACCGGUUGUGAACCGGACCGAUCUCUCGGACGUCAUCGAUUUCCUUGCGGUCCUUGAAUCCUUCGAACGCGACGGAGGUACUCCGGAGGGUAUCUACAGAUUCGAGUGCCCGGGUUUUGCUCUUCCAAUCUUUUGCCUCAAAGAUCGACCAGGAUUUUAUUUUAUUCCAUGUGCAUUGACUAUUGAAGAACAGUGCUACUGGAUCAGGCAGAGUUUGAUUAGCUUUCCUCAGCCUCCUAACAGAACAAACCAUACAGCUAUUUAUGGCCCAAUUUCUGACUUAUUAACUGCUGUUCAAAACAAGAAGAUUUUGGUGGAAGCAGAAAAUUCAAACGUGAGUCUGGUUGACAACAAUAUGCUUGCACCUAGAUAUAUCUUUUCAGAAACAAGUCUUGAUACACAUGUAGAGGGGCAUGAUUCAUGCAAAUCAGUUUCAGCAUCAGUUCUCCUAAGAAAACUGCGUUGGAGUACCCUUGGCCUACAGUUUGACUGGUCUAAGCGCAACUAUGAUGUAUCUCUCCCUCAUAACAAGAUACCAAAUGAUUUAUGUCUUCUUGCCAAGAAGAUGGCAGUACCAGCCAUGUCAUCAGGGGAAGAAUUCCAGCCCGAAGCUGCAAUAGUGAACUAUUUUAGUCCAAGUGACAUGCUUGGUGGUCAUCUUGAUGACAUGGAAGCGGAUUGGAGUAAGCCUAUUGUAAGCAUAAGCCUGGGGUGCAAAGCUAUUUUUCUUCUUGGGGGAAAAUCUAGAGAGGAUAUGCCUGUUUCCAUGUUCCUUCGUAGUGGAGACAUCAUACUUAUGGCUGGGCAAGCAAGAGAAUGCUUCCAUGGAGUUCCUCGGAUCUUCAUAGACGACGAGCAUGCAGAGAAUUCUGAUCUGUUGUCACAAUUUUCGGGUGAAGAUGAUCGCUGCUUCAUGGAUUACAUAAAAAGCUCAAGAAUAAAUAUCAAUAUCAGACAGGUCAACUAGAAGCAUGUCAACAAUUUUGCAAUUGGAACAGCAUUUCCUUUAUGACAAUACCAAUUUCCUUAUUUUAGCUCAAGUGGCUUAGCUUGUUAUUAACAAUGGGGAAAGAAAAUUUUUAAGGACAUCAUCAGUACGGCAACGGCGAUAGCACAUGACUUUUGACUGGGGAUGUCAUCUUGGAAGAGUUGAAUGGGGGAGGAAUGAUCGCUUCAUUGUUGUGAUCCAUAUACAGCUGAAGAGUGAUGUUGAAUUGGUUCUGCUACGGCCGGAACCGUUGGUGGCAACUGUAGCAAGUGAUCUCCAAACAUGCAGAGUUGAUCCUCCUGGUGGCUAUCUCCUUCAUCCUCUCGGCCUUCUUCACCUCUUCUCUGGCUCGCUCCCAGACCAGCUGAGCACGGGCAAACUCUUGCUCAGCCAACUCUAGCUCCCUCCUUGUCAGCUCUCUUAUCUGUUCAGCAUAAGCAUUCUCUACAGCUGCAAGUCGGAUCUGCUCUGCAGUUUGUUGCUUCAAUAGUUGCAGACUCCUCGCAUAGCCGUGGGAUUCCUCAGUCGCAGAUGGCUGCAGUGUGCUGAUACUCAUUGACAGAUUAAGAUCAAGUAGCGGAUGGUCAGAUGUGUCCGUUCCAGCCGAGGACUUUGGUGCAUGAGAGGGAGGUCGGGUGGAGGAGGAGAGUAGCAGCCGCAGUUCUCUUUGAUCAUCCUCUUCCAUAGGACCAAAAGAGAGACAGAUAACCCAAGAGCAAAAGGAUGUGGCGGAGUAUGGUGUAGUGACUAGCCUCCUUAUAUAAUGAUCUCCCACAUGCCAACUUUACCAGCUUGCCCAUGCUGUCAGUCUCUUGCAGAACCUUAAAGAUUAUCGUCAGGCUAAUAAUAUAUAUGUAUGCCUAGCUUUAAUGUACGACCAAUUCUGUCAAUUUGAUGCGUGUGAAUUGCUAGAUUCGUUAUGCUGAGUUGCUGAUAUCUAUA